CCCCUGAGGUGCUGAAGGUUCAGACCCACCUGGAGAAUCCCACGCGUUACCACAUCCGUGCAGCGCAGCGGCAGCAGCUGCGGCAAUACCUGAGCUCAGCCCGCGGCCGCAGCUCACCCAGCCCACCCGCACCCCCCCCACAGCCCCCCCUGCCGCCGCUGCGCCCCCCCAUAGCCCCAUGGCACUGCUGCACAUCGGGGCGGGCUCCGAAAAGGAGAUUGAUGACGUCAUCGAUGAGAUCAUCAGCCUGGAGUCCAGCUACGAUGAGCUGCUCAGCUUCGGUCCCACCGACAGCGCCGCGCUGCCCAGCACGAUGCCCGCCCCCGCGCCCCUCCUGGAGGUCUUCAGCCCCCCCACGGCGGGCAGCAGCUCCUGUCCUGCCGAGCUGCCCUGCGUCAAGGCUGAGCUCUCUGGUAUUGGGGAGGGUCUUAAGGAGGGGGAGCGUGGGGUGUUCUGGGGGGUAGGAAGGGGCUCGGGGCGAGGGGGUGUCCUAAAGGGGUGAGUGUGGGUGGUCCCA